GUCGCUUGUACCCUGGGUCUAACGUUGCUGGUCAGCACUGUGGCGAGGCGUCCCGUAGCAGAAGAGCUGCACCAAAGAAUGUGGAUAAACCCAUUUUAAGACCGCACAAACACUAGUCCAACGUCAAAAGAUGGAAGUGCAGGAUCAGGAGUCUCUGGGGAGAUGGGAUGGGCUGGGCAGCCGGGAUAUCAGCUCCAGAACUGAAGCCAUGGACAACAUCCACCAGGAGGUCAUGAGGAAAGUGGAGGCUAUUGGGCCCAUACCAGCAUCGGCCCCAUCGCCCCUGGCCUCUGGAAGCGCCCCCAACAUUGAUCUGAAUGACAUCCUUGCUCAUCUGCUCAUGCUCUCCAAACGGUGCCCCUUUGAAGACGUCAGGGAGCGAUGUGCUCGACUUCUACAGAGUGUCCAGGACUUGGGGGUAAGGAUUCCAAGACCCCUAGGUAACGGACCCAGCAGAUUUAUCCCUGAAAAAGAGAUUCUUCAAGUCAGUAAAGUGGACGCCAGAACACAAGCGAUAAUUGAGGAUGCGUUUGCAGCCCUCGGUCGCCUUGACAACAUUUCUCUGGUGAUGGGCUUCCACCCACAGUACCUGGAGAGUUUUCUCCGGACGCAGCACUACCUGCUGCAGAUGGAUGGACCCCUGUCUUUGCACUACCGACACUACAUCGGCAUCAUGGCGGCAGCUAGACACCAGUGUUCAUACCUGGUCAACCUGCACGUGAACGACUUCCUCCAGGUCGGGGGAGACCCGAAGUGGCUGAACGGCCUGGACGAAGCACCGCAGAAGCUGCAGCAGCUCGGAGAGCUCAACAAAAUCCUGGCCCACCGACCCUGGCUUCUCACCAAGGAACACAUCGAGCGCCUUCUGAAGGCGGAGGAACACAGCUGGUCCCUCGCAGAGCUAAUCCACGCCGUGGUCCUCCUCACACACUACCACUCCCUCGCCUCCUUCACGUUCGGCUGCGGCAUCACGCCUGAGAUUCACUGCGACGGCGGACACACUUUCAGACCCCCCUCCCUCAGCCAGUACUGCGUAUGUGACAUUGCCAACGGCAAUGGUCAUGCUAAUCACCAUGAUGAUCUGCUCGGCAACCAGGAGGUGUGUGGUGAGGUCGAGGUGCUGAUGGAGCGCAUGAAGCAGCUGCAGGAGUGCCGUGAUGACGAGGAGGCCAGCCAGGAGGAGAUGGCGACUCGCUUUGAGAGGGAGAAGACAGAGAGCAUGCUGGUGGUCACGGCAGAGGACGAGGAGUGUGUCCCCUCGAGGGACAUCUCCCGACACUUUGAGGACCCCAGCUACGGCUACAAGGACUUCUCCAGGAGGGGGGAGCAUGUGCCCACGUUUAGAGUGCAGGAUUACAGCUGGGAGGAUCACGGCUUCUCUCUGGUCAACCGACUGUAUCCUGAUGUGGGUCAGAUGCUCGACGAGAAGUUCCAGAUGGCCUACAACCUGACCUACAACACCAUGGCAACCCACAAGGAUGUGGACACCAGUAUGCUGCGCAGGGCCAUCUGGAACUACAUCCACUGCAUGUUUGGCAUCAGGUAUGACGACUAUGAUUACGGUGAGAUAAACCAGCUUCUGGACCGUAGCUUUAAGAUCUAUAUCAAGACCAUGGUGUGUAGUCCUGAGAAGACCACCAAACGAAUGUAUGAGAGUUUCUGGAGGCAGUUUCAGCACUCCGAGAAGGUCCACGUUAAUCUGCUUCUUAUGGAAGCGCGAAUGCAAGCAGAACUGUUAUACGCUCUGAGAGCGAUCACCCGCUACAUGACAUGAAGUGCUUUUGGCGUUUUUAUUGUUGUCUUUUUACUGUCAUUGUUGUUGCUCAUUAUGGGACACUUCAAGAAAAAAAAAAGAAAAUCAAAGGGGGAGGGAUUCAACAAAAAAAAGGAAGAGAUGUGUGGAAGAGAGUCCUGGGUCGUUGUUGUUGACAGUGCUUGUUGGAUGGAUGCUGAGAAGAGGAUCAGAACAAACGGAAAAGCAAGAAGAAGAAGAAGAAGAAGAAGAAAAAUGAGAACUGUUGAAGAAAACUCAUCUCAAACUACAAGUGGAUACACAAACUCAGUUCAUGUUGCCUGCAGUGCCAAAGGUGGCCAAGAGAGGGCAACCUGGAGCAAACUCCUGCUCAGCCAAGGGGAGGGGAAUUUGUGCCGGGCCAGAGCACUGACACCGGAGGCAUCCAGGACGACGUUUCAGUAUUCCAGUGUGUGACGCGGCGGUUGCCAAUCUCUUCUGUCUCCUAGUAGAGUGAAGGUCCCAUAGAAAAAAAAAAUCCCCAGAAAGCUGUGCAGCAGCAAAGAGCCUGCACUUUGCUUCUGUUGUCACUGUUAUACUUGUUUAGUUUCUUGAAUAUCUUUUUAUUUCAUUUUGUAUUAAGAGACGUGGAUGUUGUCGACGUGGUUGCUGUUAGUGGAGAUGGAAGCAUUAACUUUGGGCUGUGUGUUUCUUUCUUUCUUUUUUUUUUUAAUGUGUGCCUGAACUAUCCAGCACAGUGUGCAUACGUGCUGAUGCUGCUGCUCCCAUGUUGUAUUCAGCGGGAUCAUAUUGAUCCCUAAAUCACCCACCACCAACCCCACUCCCCAACCCCAUUAUAUCUUAUAUCCCCUAAGCCCCUAUCCAUUAGAAAUCCACUGCAUUACCCCCCCCACCCCCCCCUUUGUCCUCUACCCCCACCCCAUCCCAAAUCUCAAAUGUCAAUGUAAGCUAAUCCAAGGAGUGUGUGAAAACCAGAGAGGUGUGGAGAGAAACUCAAAGAACACUGUCUGAGCCCCUUUUUUUUUUUGAGUUUGACUGUACACGUGUGGAUGAUUUCUGUGUUCAUGUGAUGACUGAGGUAUGGAUGUUUCUGCACGUUUCACACAAACGAAACGAGAGAGAGAGAGAGAGAGAGAGA